GCGAGAUGCUACGCCCCGCUGGUUCUAUAUAUAGUCGUUACGAAGUCCAACGGCAGUGAAGGCGCGAAAUCAGUCACAGAAAUCUACGGAUCAUCAUGUCCUCCCCAAUCAGAACUGUCGGUGUGAUCGGCGCAGGCGUCAUCGGCGCCAGCUGGACGGCCCUCUUCCUCGCCAAGGGACUCAAAGUGAUUGUAACAGACCCCGCACCAGGAGCUGAGGCCAAAAUCCGCGAAUAUCUGCAAGAGUAUUGCUCCGCGGUACCGAAUGCCACUCUAUCACCUGCCUCCUGCCUGAAUAACUUCACAUUUGUCACCGACAUCGACCCGUACCUCGACAGCUUAGACUUAAUCCAAGAGAACGGACCCGAGCGAGUCGACUUCAAGCGCCGUCUCUUCGCCCAUCUAGACGCAAAGACGCCCUCGCACGUCCUCAUCGCAUCGUCCUCCUCCGGCCUCCCGGCCUCCCAAUUCGUCACAGAAUGCACAAACAACCCAUCGCGCAUCCUCAUCGGACACCCCUUCAACCCUCCCCACCUGGUACCCCUCGUUGAAAUCGUCCCGCACCCCGGAACAAGCGAGAAAGCGGUAUCAGCCGCGUACCAGUUCUACCAAAGCCUCGAGAAAGACCCGGUGGUCGUCAAGAGUGAAACACCCGGCUUCGUCGCUAACCGCCUGCAAGCGGCUGUCUGCGCUGAGGCUUAUAGUCUCGUUUCAAGGGGGAUUGUGUCGCCGGAGGAUCUUGAUAAAACCGUCACGUCAGGCCUUGGGCUGCGAUGGGCGCUGACGGGGCCGAUCAUGACGAAUACUCUCGGCGGCGGGGGCGACUUUACGCAUUUUAUGGACCACCUAGGUCCGGCGUUGAAGUCUUGGCUGGAUGAUAUGGAUCAGCAUCGAUUUGACAUAGGUUCUGAGGAUAGGGUGGGUGCGCUGAAGAAGACGGUAAACGAGUGGGUGGCGCAGGUGGACUUAAAGAAGCAUGAAGCGGACCGAGAUGCUCUUUUGGCGGAUUUGGUCAGGAGUAAGCUGGAUCGAGCGGGUGGUGGUGAUAGCUAGCUGAUGGUUAUGAGGGGAGAGAGUGUUUUUCAGUUUGAUGAAAGAUGGAUUAGGGGGUUUGUGUACUUUAAUAGCGUCUUUGUUGGUGGAUGUAGGUGUACUAUACAAAGCAAAGGGAGACAUGAAGAUUGU